ACGAGACGAGCCGCGCAUGGAUAUCAAACAGAUUUCUUCGUGCCAUGUGUUUGCUGGAAAAAGUGUUUGCUUGUGCAGCUUACACGAUACUUUUGUGUGCUUGCACCCUCUGAUCCCUCUGUGUAGCUCAUACCAAAUGUGAAUACAGGUAAUAGAGACGGAAUAUUUUUAUACUGACCCUGGGCGCAUUUCAGCCUUUGGCAAUGUCACUCGCCCGGUCGUUUGGGUUAAUGCUGCUCAGGGGAAGAAGCCCGAAGAAAUUCAUCUACCGUUUGUCAUCACGUGAUUGUAGCAGAAUACGUAACAUUGGCAUCGUAGCCCAUAUCGACGCUGGAAAAACAACGACUACCGAAAGGAUUCUGUAUUAUACCGGUUUCACAAGAGCCAUUGGAGAAGUCCAUGAUGGAGACACCGUUACGGAUUACAUGACUCAAGAGCGUGAGCGGGGCAUUACCAUAACAGCGGCCACCGUCUCCUUUGACUGGAAGGGACACCACAUCAACCUCAUCGAUACCCCUGGUCACGUAGAUUUCACAUUUGAAGUGGAGCGCUCCUUGCGAGUUCUCGACGGAGUCAUCACCAUCCUGGAUGGAUCCGCGGGAGUCGAAGCACAAACCAUCACUGUCUGGGACCAAGCAGAUCGGUACGAAGUACCCAGAAUUGUUUUUGUUAAUAAAUUGGACAAGCCCGCGGCCGACAUGAACCAAUGCGUUAGUGACAUCGAAAAAAAGCUUCACACGAAACCGCUCGUGCUACACAUACCUUUGAAGGCAAAUGAGAAAACUUUGGUAGGUGUCGUAGAUUUAAUAAAUCUUGAAGGUGUUCUCUGGGCGCCCAACUCGGAAAAAGGUCGCGUUUAUUCGCGCCAGCCUCUGCAAGAAGGAAGCAAGUUUUAUAAUGAAGCAAUAAAAAGAAGAAAAGAGCUAGUUGAAGUGGUGGGAGAACUGGACGACGAAUUUGCCGAAAAAUUUGUGCUAAAUGGAGUUGAUCCUCAGCCCGCGGACUUAAGUAGUGCAGUGAGAAAGGUCACUCUAGCUAGAUCUGGAGUACCUGUGCUUUGUGGAAGUGCAUAUAAGAACAGAGGUGUUCAGCUUUUGCUCGAUGCUGUGGUGGAUUUUCUGCCUGAUCCGAUGCACAGAGUACCAAAUGCAGUUCGCAGGUAUCGUCAAGAUGAGCUGGUUGCGUUGGCAUUCAAAAUUGUUCAUACACAGUACAAAGGAGCCCUCACAUUCCUUCGCAUUUACUCUGGAGGUCUGGAGACCGGUCAGCGCAUCUACAAUGCCACCAGGGAUGUGACAGAAAAAGCAUUGGAAUUGGUCAUUGCCAAUGCAGAUGAGUAUGUCACUGUGCCAGCUGCACAUGCUGGAGACAUAGUGGCUGUGUCUGGCCUGCAGCGUUCCGUGACGGGGGAUACUCUAGUAUCCAGCCUGAGUGCAGCUAACAGAGCAGCAGGUGCAGAUAAAGAUUCAAGCUCUUUGGCGGGCAUCAGUGUUCCAGAGCCAGUAUUCAUGUGCAGCAUCGAGGCCCCAUCUCUCGGUCAGCAGCCAGCACUGGAGAAGGCGUUAGCUUGCCUCGUGCGAGAAGACCCAGGACUACAAGUGUCAUAUAAUGAAGACACAUCACAAACGGUACUCGGCGGGAUGGGUCAACUUCACCUGGAAGUCACCCAAGAUCGUAUUCUGCGAGAAUAUGGCGUGGACGCAUUCAUGGGGCCGCUUCAAGUGGCAUACCGCGAAGCUCCGUCCGAAGCCGCUCCCGCGGAGUAUGUACUGGACAAAACUAUGGGGACCACGAAGCAGCACGCAGAAGUCAACAUGCGGCUCUCACCAGGGACUGGCUCCUUCAAACACUUAAAGGUCAUUAUAACGGACGAAAACAAUCUGGCAAAGCUUCGCCCUGAGCAUUUGAAAGCACUGGAGAAUGGGAUCAACCUUGCCUUAAGCCAUGGCCCUGUCCUGGGCUUCCCCGUCACCAACGUCCAAGUGGACUUGCAUUGGUUUCAAUGCAGCCGCGCAACGACAUUACCCAUGGUCACGACCGCAGCCUCGCACGCUAUUACAAACACGUUAAAAGGCAUCGAGGUUUCUCUUUUGGAACCAGUAAUGGCAAUGGAAGUGUGCGUGCCAGAGUCCUACCUUGGGCGCGUGCUCAGCGAUCUUACAAAACGAAGGGCAUCUGUGGAAAACGUGCUCAGUAGGAAAGACAUGCGAGUGAUCGUAGUCAAGGUUCCUCUCGUGGAGGUGACUGGUUACGCUACAGACUUCAGAACCCUUACCUCGGGAAGAGGAUCGUUUCACAUGAGUCUCAGCGCGUACCAAGCUAUGGGACCGCGAGAGGUCGCUGAAGCCGUGGAGAGGGUUACAGGAUUUCUCCCUGCACGUGCUCUUUAAGACUUACUGAAAAUGUCUUUGUAGGUAUAGUGUAUGCAACUAAAGUAGCGUGCUGAAGCUAAAAUAUGGAAUUACGUGUUUUCAGUGAAUAAAAGUGUGUGUACCUCGAGGUCGCGCCCAUU